UCCUAUUCAUUGCUUCUUUACAGAAAAGGGAUUCCAGGAGCAUCACAAGAUGCUAGAAAGGGAGAGAGCCAACCCUGUAAACAUCCCACCUGAAGCUGAACAGAGAGGUGAGAGCUUUUACUGACAAAAGACUGAAUGAAGACAAGCACUGUCCACCCAGCUCUUAGCUAUUGCUGGAAAGAACAUGAUAUUGAAGCUAUGAAAGACAUAAACACAUCUCCUUUGAAAGGCCCUUACUCAAAACUGAACUGGGAUGCAAUAAAUCAGCCCCCACAUUCACACAGAAAACCAACCAAAAAAAAUUAGAAAAAAAAAAAAAAAAGAAAGAAAAGAAAGAAAGAAAGAAAGGAAGGAAGGAAGGGGAAAUUUAGAUUAGUCACAAAGAAGUUCCCCCGCCUGCUUCUCUGUGCAUAAAGCAAUCUCCUGAAGGCACUGCCUUCACUUUAUCUCUGCUCCUGGGACAGGAGCUCACCAGCCCCUGCUCCCUCUGGGCUCCUGCAGUGGUCCUGCCCCUUCCCCAGCAGCUGCUGGGAUGGAAGGACAGCCAGAUGCAGAGCCAGGAGCUGCAGAGCAGAUGCACAACCAAAGGGAAGCUGUGGAGGAUGGAUGGAUGCUCUGGCAGGGAGGACAGGUUAGGAACACGCUGCACCUCGUGUCUGCUGUGGCUCAGUGGAUUUUACUGCUUGCCUGCCUGAUUUACCUGGGCAUAGAUUUUCUGCAGCCCUCAACGACCCAGAGUGACAAAGUGUUGUGGACCCACAUCCGAUACACAGGCAGAAGCACCAGAGGAGUAGCCAUGAAUCUCACUGCUGAGUUGGGGCCCAUGCAGAUCAGGAAUGGCUCCAUCGUGAUCCCCUGUGAUGGCCUCUACCUCGUGUCCCUGAAAAGCUUCAUCUACUUGGAAGAGGAGGACUGGCUGAAGCUGACCCUGCAGGGGACACACAAGACGAGCAGCAGCACCCUGUGGGAGCAGAUUGUCCAGAGCAGUGACAGCACAGUGAACCUCACCACGGUGCUCUACCUGUUCAGGCAGGACAGCAUCACUCUGUGGACCAACUCCAAUGCCAACAUCUCGGAUCUGUCCUUCAGCCUGGUGUUAAUCAGUCCCUUGUACUGCAAUCCUAACUCCAACUAA